GUUCAGGGGGUAAUGCGAGCGACCGGGAGCGGCAGAUGAAGCUUCGCUCGCUCACCUCCUGUGUGACCCGGUUCCUAACAGGCAGCAGACUGGUACUGGUCCGCUGAUCUAUCACACAAAAUUAAACUGGAAAGAAUCUUCUCUACCCCCCAUUGGAUUAUUUGGGAGAAUUGUAGACUGAAAUAAAAACACACCACGUGAGAGCUGUGACUUUCAGUUUUAUUUGGGGAUUUACCGAGGACUGUAGCCCAGGACACAGCCUCUCGGAUGGCUCUGAGAAACUGUUCGGAAGGGGGGAAGGGGUGGUCAGCAUAUAUGUGAUUUUGGAGAAGGGUACCUGCCACCAAGCACACGUCUCGCUAGAAGGUUACCGCUAGCCACGGGGAAUAGACAUCUUACUUAAAGAUUUUAGCGCUUUUCCAAGUAUGGGAAGAUGCAAGAACUUGUGUUCAUAAAAUUUUCUCCUGAAAAUAUCUAACCGAAGGCUGUUCUGCCAGUUUUCCCAGAGCCCAGAGCACCUCAUUCCUGAUCUCCACCCUGAACUCCUUUCAGAGUGUGUUGAAGAUCAGUGACGGCAGUGGUGGAUGACUCAAUCCUGGUACAGCUGGAUGGCGAGCGAUAUUCUUGGGCUGGCAGAAUUGGUUUAAUCCCAUCUAGACCUUUCACCGAGGCACCUCCAGAUCUUGAGUGGGAAAAGCCACAGCACGGAGGGAAGUGGCCUCUCCUAGCUGGCUCCGUGCAGCUGGGCCACAGCCGCCCCAUCUGCCUCUCUCCCUCCUCCUGUCCUUCUAGGGCUCUGGCUUCAGCCACUAGCGUCCUAGAGGCUUUCCACCGAGAGAGACCACAAAACCAAAUCACAUAAGUGGAGAGCAAGGGGGGCCAGCGCUGAAAGCCAGCAUCGUGGAGAGACAGCUUUCAUCCUGCUCGCUCCAGCCUUGACAGCUAAAAUUAAUCACCUGGGUGACAAAAGUGAUGCGGACGAACAGCAGCCCGCCGAGCAAACCUGGGAGCUCACGAUCCGUCAGGCUGGGAGGACUGAGUUAGUACAUGUGAAACCCCGAGAACGGGCCCCGGCCCACUGAUUGGGCUCAGGCAUGAGACAACGCACAGCUCUGACCAUAUCAGAAGGAACACAAGGUCCAGCCUUUUAUAUGGAGCAUUCCCAGGAGGCAAACCCAGAGGCAUUCUCCCCUCUCCUUUCUCAUUUCACCCGUCCUUGUUGUCACUCCUCUCCAAGGAGCCUGCAAGAAGGGCCUGUGCCCAGAACAGUCAGGAUUUCUACUUCAAGACGUGCCCUGGGACCAUAGUAGGGACAUGGCUUUACACCUUUCCAAAUGCGGUCACAGUCGUCAUCUGACGCCACCCUACAACUGGGAUAAGAAACCACUUUCUCCAAGUCUCGUUCCCCGUCCUGUAGGGCAGGAUCCUGAGGCAUCUCAGGGUGGGAUGCUUGGAGAUGAAGACACUGGGGAAGCCGACCUGCCACGUUGGCCAAUGACACCUGCUUUACUUCCACCAUAAUCGGCGCAUCAGAAGAGCAGCCUCAGGCAGGUGCCCAGAAUUGGGGGAAUUUCUCUCAAAGAGGAUCACCCUCUGACCAACCAAUAUAAUAUCUAUCUAUCUCCACUCUUCUUCGAAACUGCAUUUCUCAGCACAAACCCACAAACUGGCAGCAUGACCAGUAUCCCUAAGGAAGAGGAAGCCAAGAAGUAGAUGCCUUCAGUCCUCUGCCUGUCACCUGCCAGAGAACCAGGAUGCUUGGUGGGGCUGGCCUUCCUUUCUCCAAACUGCCAUCAGUUGUGACAUCACUGUCAGCUGUGCCCGGUGUCUAACUUUUCAUCUGUAUCAAUCAGCAUUGAGAGUCCGCUGGGUGCCCAGGUGGAGAGGCUCGGCCCCAGGCUAGUAGCCGGCCUCUCCAGUCCCCCACCCUCUGGCUUCUUAUCAGCUCCAUGCUGUCUCUUUGCAUUAAAGUGACAAGAAGCAGCACAAGGCUGCCGACAGGAGUCUGGAGCUGUAAUUUGCACUGACAUUCACUGGCGUUAUCCACUUAUUGCCUGGCAAGUUGUGGAGUGCCUACAGUGGCCAGGCGUGUCCAAAUGCUCUGUAUGCUUGAACUCAUUGGAUCUUCUUGACAACCCCACAUGGCAGUCUCCUCUUUCUCGAAGUGACUCAAAGGUGUUCCCCACCCGCUGCCUGGAAAGGCAUUGCCCGGCAGGUUCACCGGGUCAGAGGAAAAGCCCUUGGCAUCCGGAACACGGAACACCAGCCUGCAGACGUCAGCAGGAAGCAAGGACGGCCAGGAGGAGGGAAGUGACAACUCCCUGUCGGGCGUGGCGCUUGCGUCGGCAGGCAAAAGAGACCCCCCAAAUGUCAGACACUGCUGGAUCUUGAAGGGAAGUUUCCAAGGCCCUGGUUUAUUCUUGGUGCACUCUGGAUACUCCUGGAGCAUUCAUUCAUUCAUUCUCACACUCCUGGCUGCCGAAGAUACAAGAUAAUGAAACCCUACGUCCACCCUCAGGAAAUGUUACAAAAAUGAAAGGCGCCUGCGCGAGCACACACGUGACUUCUCCCGGGUAUGAGGAACUCCUUAUCGCGUUGUUCCUUCAGACGGCUGCCUCCUGGUCCAGUCUUGGUGAACCAAUGCUUUCUGGGAGAGGUGAGUCCCGGUGACGGUGACAUCAUCAGGAAGGCUCAUGUAAGAAAGGAAUGGUCUCCUGGGACAUGAAGUCUCCUCUUCCCAGAAACCUUCGUCCUGCGUAUUACUCCGCAGGAGAAAGAAGCACCUAACGAAACACAGUAAUAACAAGGAUUAUUCAGUAUGCAGUUGGCAGGAUGUCCAUGGCGACAUUGAAAAUGAAUUCCUUAUUUUCACCAGAUAUAUGAGAAGAUCCAUUUUAAACAGUCUAAAUAUUUUUUCUUCCGUUGGACCAGCAUGGCAGGAUUCAAGCGAGGGUAUGAUGGGAAGAUUGCUGGAUUGUAUGAUCUGGAUAAAACCUUGGGUCGAGGUCAUUUUGCAGUGGUUAAACUUGCCAGGCAUGUCUUUACAGGUGAAAAAGUGGCAGUAAAAGUUAUUGACAAGACAAAAUUGGACAGUCUAGCCACUGGUCAUCUUUUCCAAGAAGUGAGAUGCAUGAAACUAGUGCAGCAUCCCAACAUUGUACGCCUUUACGAAGUUAUUGACACCCAGACCAAACUGUAUCUUAUUCUAGAACUUGGGGAUGGAGGAGACAUGUUCGAUUACAUAAUGAAGCACGAGGAGGGACUUAAUGAAGACUUGGCCAAGAAGUACUUUGCUCAGAUAGUUCAUGCCAUAUCUUAUUGCCAUAAACUCCAUGUGGUUCACAGAGACUUAAAACCCGAGAACGUGGUCUUCUUUGAAAAACAGGGUCUUGUAAAGUUGACAGACUUUGGUUUCAGCAACAAGUUUCAACCAGGGAAGAAGCUCACUACAAGCUGUGGAUCUCUUGCGUAUUCUGCACCAGAAAUUCUGCUUGGUGAUGAGUAUGAUGCACCUGCGGUAGAUAUAUGGAGUCUGGGAGUGAUCCUUUUCAUGUUGGUGUGUGGGCAGCCACCAUUUCAAGAGGCCAAUGACAGUGAAACAUUGACAAUGAUCAUGGAUUGCAAAUAUACAGUACCAUCCCACGUAUCUAAAGGGUGUAAAGACCUGAUCACAAGGAUGCUGCAGAGAGAUCCCAAGAGAAGGGCCUCUUUAGAAGAGAUUGAAAACCAUCCUUGGCUUCAGGGAGUGGACCCUUCCCCAGCCACGAAGUAUAACAUCCCCCUCGUGUCAUAUAAAAACCUCUCGGAAGAGGAGCACAACAGCAUCAUUCAGCGCAUGGUGCUCGGGGACAUAGCGGAUCGGGAUGCCAUUGUCGAAGCCCUGGAAACCAACAGGUAUAACCACAUCACAGCCACUUACUUCUUGCUUGCCGAAAGGAUCCUGAGGGAAAAGCAAGAGAAAGAAAUACAGACCAGGUCUGCAAGCCCUAGCAACAUCAAGGCCCAGUUUAGGCAGUCAUGGCCAACCAAAAUUGACGUGCCCCAGGACCUUGAGGAUGACCUCACGGCCACUCCUUUGUCCCACGCGACUGUCCCUCAGUCUCCUGCUCGGGCUGCCGACAGUGUUCUCAACGGCCACAGGAGCAAAGGCCUGUGUGACUCGGCUAAGAAAGACGACCUCCCCGAGUUGGCCGGGCCCGCGCUGUCCACGGGGCCACCCGCCGGCCUGAAACCCGCAGCCAGUGGGCGGAAGUGUCUGUUUCGGGUGGAGGAAGACGAAGAGGAAGACGAGGAGGACAAGAAGCCCAUGUCCCUCUCAACACAGGUGGUUCUGCGCCGCAAGCCGUCCGUGACCAACCGCCUGACGUCCAGGAAGAGCGCCCCGGUCCUCAACCAGAUAUUCGAGGAGGGGGAGUCGGACGACGAGUUCGACAUGGAUGAGAACCUGCCUCCCAAGCUGAGCCGCUUGAAGAUGAACAUUGCUUCCCCGGGGACGGUCCACAAACGCUACCACCGCAGGAAAAGUCAGGGCCGCGGCUCCAGCUGCAGCAGCUCGGAGACCAGCGACGACGACUCGGAGAGCCGCCGGCGCCUGGAUAAAGACAGUGGCUUCACCUACUCCUGGCACCGCCGGGACAGCAGCGAGGGGCCCCCGGGCAGCGAGGGCGACGGCGGCGGCCAGAGCAAGCCGAGCCGCGGCGGUGGGGGCGCGGACAAGGCCAGCCCCAGUGAGCACAGCGCUGGCGGGGGCGGCCCCGCGGGGGGGUCGGGCGGCGCCCCGGGCGGCACGUCAGGCAGUGCCCGCCGCUGCGCCGGCCCCGGCUCCUCCACGUCCACGCAGCUGGCGGCGCGCGGCGCCGGGGAGCUGGUGGAGAGCCUCAAACUCAUGGGCCUCUGCCUCGGCUCCCAGCUGCACGGGAGCGCCAAGUACAUUAUCGACCCGCAGGGCAGCCUGUCGUUCUCCAGCGUGAAGGUCCAGGAGAAGUCCGCCUGGAAGAUGUGCAUCGGCUCCGCAGGCGGUGCGGCGCCCGCCCCAGCCGUGGGCGGCAUGAAGUUCUUCUCCGACCACGUGGCGAACACCACCGUGGAGUUGGACCGGAUAAAGAGCAAGAAUCUGAAAAACAACGUGCUCCAGCUACCUCUGUGCGAAAAGACCAUCUCUGUGAACAUCCAGCGGAACCCCAAGGAGGGGCUGCUGUGCGCCUCCAGCCAGGCCAGCUGCUGCCACGUCAUCUGACCUCGGUGCGCUUCCUGCUCAGAGCGGCGAAGACCGGCUCACUUCACUGGUCCCUUUUCGGUUUUCCUCUUUUAAAGCGGGCAAUUAUUUAUUACUUUUUCAUUUGUUCGCCUGACGACUUGACAAAUGCAUGGUCUUUGUGCAUGCUGCUAGACACUCCUUUUUUUUUUCCAGCCGAAAAGUCUUGUGUAAUUUUUACAUUUAUAAUUUUAAUGUGGAUGAUCAGGAUUAAAUUAAAAUGUAUAUUUGGAACCUAAUAUAAAUGGAGCACUUAGAAAUUUGAUGUUCUGCACUUAACCUAGAGAGAGAAAAAAUGAUUUUCCUUGUGAAAAACCUAAAUUCCUGCUCCGACCUUCUGUGACAUGGAACCUCCGUGAUCUGAGGCACACUCUGGUGUCUGAGGCAGAACCAAAGCAAUAACGUUGUGAUGCCAUCAGGCCUAGAGCCCGCGAGCGUGCCGCGCGCCCCCAGAUGCCAGGGCCUGUGCAGAGUACAGUGAGCGUCUGCACUGACAACCUUAAAACCGUGAUUUCAACAUACCCACACCUGUUUGUCUUAAGCUAUAGUGUGAAAACAGUUUGGGCUCUUAAAAUUUAACUGAAAAAGAUUUUCUUGUUUUGUAAUAGGUGAGAUCAAGUACUUAGAUUUAUAAGGCAGCUUCCCCGUAGAGGUAAAUCACAAGCAGACAAUCUCAUUUUGUAAUGUGAUAAAGUGAACUGAUGAUGUCUUAACUCUACUUACAGAGUGUGUGUCUGUCUAACAGAACAAAACGAUGCUUGGUGUUAAUUCCUUCCUGGAGGGCACACCCCAGAGUUCCUUUAUAACCACAUAGAUAGAAGAAACUAUAGGGCCUAAUAUAGAAGCAAAGGUGUACCCAGAUGUUGGCAAAGUCAAAACCCCAUAAAUUAAAAAAAAAGAUUAUUGGCAUAUGAUUUUUAGGAGUUUGAUAAUUAGGUUGUCUCUUUUGUUAACUUCCAUUCUUUUACGUCUUUUAGCUCAGCUACCUAUGAAAAUUGGCUGAUUAAAAAGUAUACAUAAAAGGGUAAGAAUUCACACAUAAAGCAAGCAAAAAUGCACAAAGCCUGCUUUGUUUUUUGUGUUUUUUUUUUUGCUGGAAGUGUUUUUCACUUUGCCUUCCUGCAAAAACAAUAAUCAAAGAACUUUUGCUUUAAACUAUUCCUGUACAAAGACUACUUUUGACCAGAUAAUCAUCUUUCGUGGCUUUUAUCUUGUAGGACACAGUAUCAUUUUGGAAGGGGACCAGAUGCUACUUUUUCAUGCUGUGCCCAGGGGGUCUUAAAAGCAACACUUAGGGACAUUGGUGAUAGGAUGUGGCUGGGCCCCAGGGCCUUCCCACACUCAUCAGCCUCCUGUCGUGUCUCUGCAGUGACAGUUGCCUGGUCCAUAGAGUGGGCAGAGCACCAAAGGACAGCAUUCCAUUGGUCACGGUUUCUCCAAGUACACACUGACUCUGCUCCUUUAGGAUUCAUAUGUUUUACUCAGAACUCUGAAUUUCACAGUAUACUUACUAAACUAAGUAAAGAUGAUAGUCAAAAUACUUAUUUUACUUUCUAGACCUAGGCUAGAUACGUUUUAAGCUACAGCUCUAGUUCAUUGUGAUAUUUAUAAUUGAGAGCUAUGAGGAUAGGUGUGUGGGUGAAGCCAUAGAACAUAUUUGCUUGAAAUUCUUGAGCAGGGAUCUUAUAAAGGGCCAGAAAUAAGAUGUGUGGUUCACAUAGAUAGUGAGCGUAACAUCUGUAUUAAACGUAGGAGAGAAGUUUAUAAAGGGCAUUGGCAAUAAACUCUUUGUUGCAGCUGUUUUCCAAGUAAUGUAAAUACUUUUUCCUGUGAUUAUGUAUAGCCUUGGAAUGGCACCUUUUAACUAACCCAUAUGUGUUUGGUUUUCAGUGGUUUUUUAUAUUCAAAUGUAUAUAUGGUGCUCACUUUUAGGAUCAGCAGUGUUGACCAUUUAUGCUGCAUAGCUGUAUCAUAGCCUUACUAGUUGUGUGUGGUUGGUUGACCCUCUGGGUAUACAAAUGUUAGUCUGAGUGGCGUCUUACUCAUUUGUUCAUAAGUGAAUGAUUGUGCAUGUGUUGUAUGUCAUAGUAUGUCAUCACAUAAAAGGGAGGGAGCAAAUAACCAUUACAUUAAGAUAAUAUUGGACCAAAUGACUUACUUGCUCUAAACAGUUUCUUGUACCCCUUAACCUGUCUUCAGAAGUUGCAUAGAGUUACAGUAGUGUGUAAAUUAAAUAUUGUGGAAAAACAAUUAGUCUUGUAUUUUUCUGUAUGUGUGUAUAUAUAUAUACAUAUAUAUACAUAUAUAUAUAUAUAUAAAAUGAUGUACUUCUGGCAGUUCUAUCUGUAUUUAAAGUUGUGACAAUCUUGACACUGAUUUUAAGGAUAGCCGUGAGACUGACUCAAAGUUGUCCCUUCCAAGUAAGAAUUGAUGUGUGUUAAGAGGGUACAGAAUUAUCAGCUGAUUUGGUCGGUUGCUUCCACUGCUGGUUGAUACUCCUCAUUGUGUAAACAUUGACAGGUAUGUGACAAAUGGGAAAAAAAAAGUCCAGAUAAUAAAGUGGCAUAUCGGUGUUCAGCAAUAUAAA